AUGGAUGAUAGUCAUGACGAGUGGAUAUGGAACGAUGGGAGGUCCGAAGGUUUCUCUGUUGCUGCGGUAAAGAAAUGGAUGCAAGGUUCAGCAACUACGGGGGGUCAUUUUGGUUUCACGUGGAGUAAGUGGGUUCCGAAUAAGUGCAACAUUUUCAUGUGGCGUGCUUAUCUAGAUCGGCUUCCAACUAAGAUGGCUCUCUUACGAAGAAGUAUUCAGGUAGAUAAUUGUUUGUGUGUUUGGUGCGAUUGCAGCGAGGAAACAAUUGAGCAUAUUCUCACAGGUUGUUGCUUUUCUACGGAUGUGUGGAAUGCAAUAACUACUUGGUGCAGGAUAUCGGGGAUUUACGCUUUUCACGUCAAAGAUUUGGUGGAUAUGCAUGAUUAUAGUGGCUUGGUCGGGAACAGAAGGAUAGUUCUUCAUGGGAUCAUUAUAAUUACUUGUUGGAGGAUGUGGAGAGCUAGGAAUGAAAAACUAUUUUCGAAUAAGGAUCCUAACGUUAUCGAGAUGGUCGCGGAUAUCAAGACUUUGGGUUUUUUGUGGGUCUAUUUCGGCCUUUAA